AUGAAGCUCGUGUCCAGCGCCUUCGGUGUCUUCGCACUCCUCGCAGCCUUCGUUAGCGGCUCCACCAUGUUGCGUCAAGAAGCGGAGGGGAGUAGUAGCUGCUCUCUCACCGGCACCUACAAGUCAGGCACCGACAUCUCGUCUUGCACCACUGUCACCAUCGGAUCGCUGUCUGUGCCAGCUGGCGUCACGUUGGACUUGAGCCACCAUCGAGUUCACGGGCACCACCACCUUCGGCACCGCCAAAUGGGAUGGCCCAUUGGCUCCGGUACUCUUGAUGGCCAAGGCUCUUGGUACUGGAAACAGGGCACAUCCAUCAGUCGCCCUGUGUUCUUCCGUAUGAACAAGGUUCUCUCCUCAACAGUGUCGGGUUUCACGCUUAAGAACAUGCCGUACCGCACCUUCAGCAUCCUCAGCUCGCAGAAGACAACCAUAAGCGGCCUCACACUCGAUGCCAGCGCUGGCGAUGAUCUGGCCAAGAACACGGACGGAUUCGACUUAAGCGGCAACGACUACGUCACCAUCAAGGGCAACAAGAUCUACAACCAGGACGACUGUCUCGCCAUGCAGUCCAGCACCAAUACUGUCUUCAGUAACAACUACUGCAGCGGCGGCCACGGAAUUUCGAUCGGCUCGCUCGGUGGCUCUACGGUCACUUCGUCCGAUACAGUCUCAGGUCUGACAGGCGGAUACACGGGCUCCCCGACCAGUGAGGUUACGAUCGAGGACAUAACCGUGUCGGGUCUAUCGGGUACGGCAACCAACUUGUACGAUAUCGUGGUAAACUCGAAGGUCGUAUCGGAUUGGUCGUUCUCUGGUAUUACAGUGAGCGCGUCCAAGACGGGCACGUGCAGUGGCCAACCCAGCAGCGUCGACUGCUAA